UAUGGAGGCAUAACUUGAUAUUACUUAAAGAAACCAUAAUGUAUUUUUUGUUCAAGAACCAAGAUUUUCAAAAACUAAUAAAUCUUAAAGGCCCAAGCUUUUCUUGUGAGCCCACAUACAAAUAAUUGUAGGCCUGAAUUAGCCACCUUCCCCUAGUCUAGAACUAGAAGAAUCUAAAUUCUAUCAUCUCAAAAGUUUGUUAAUUUUGUUUGAAGCUCGAAGAAGAUUCAGUCUCCAUGUCUUUACCUCUGCAAGGCCUCUUUCGUCUCCGAUCAUCGACUAGGGUUUCACCACACCUUCGAAUCCACGCUUUCCAGAAGAAGUCUUGCACUUGCCUCUAAUUUUCAUAAACUCAAUUCUAGAAGUCUCACAACCCUAUGCCAGAACAAACCCCGCCACCGCCAAAAUUUAAAUCCCAAAAAGGGAGUGAAAGUGAAGGGAGAAAAGGAAAAUGUGUGGAGCAUUGACAAUGAUACGGCCAAAGCCGCUGCGGAGAAAGAAAAGGGGACAGCCAAGCAUAGGAGGAGGAAGCGGAACAGAAGUGGAAGAAUCAUGGUCUCUGGUGCUAUGCUAAUGGAGGUUGAGACUGUUCUCCAAACUCAGGAAACUGUAAUAAGACCAGUAUGGAAUACAUUUGCAAGUAGUGUAAGUGGGAUAUGGAAAGGGGUGGGAGCAGUAUUUUGACCCAUCACUGCCGAAAUGGAACCCAUUGAAAUCGGAAGCAGGGACGAACAUUUAUAUGACUGCUACACUCUUUCUCACAUCGAAGCAGUGCCAUCCCCAUCUGAAGGACAGACAUCGCAGAUCCAAAGGAAGAUAAAAUGGGUGACUUUAAAUCCUUAUGGUGAAGUGCUGCAGCAUGUUGGCAGUAAUAGAAUUAAAGAACACAAAGAUGGGAAUGUAUCUUUACCCCAAAACCACAUGGAUGAUGUUGUUACAAGUCAUAUUUUGUCUGAUUUCGAGUCUUUUGACUUUGAACUAAGUGAUUUACUGGAAGAAGAUGUCAUGGGUAUUGAGCCGGGUCUUGUUUUCUUUGAGGAUGGAUCGUAUUCUAGGGGUCCAGUCAAUAUUCAGGUUGUUGAUGUUGAUGAUUCCAAGCUACAAGAGGAGACCUUUUUCAGAAUAACCUGUUCCUUUCCUCGCAAGUUAUGGAGAAAAUUACUUAACUGUCUCGGAGGCUUUAGGCUAGCCCAGGUCCUAGUACCGGUCCGGCCCAUAGAUUGGGUCGUGACACAGAUAAUGAGAGUUGCUGUUUACGAAGAACGGUGAGUCAAUCCAGCAAAUAGCCGGGAUCAAAGAUACUUGAUGCUUUAUUUCCAUUUAUUAUUAAUGCAGUUUCACAAUGCUCAGUACCCAUGUGUCUAUUAAAAGGGUUUAUUUUCAUAUUCUCUUGGGCUUUUGGGUUAAAGUUGUAAAGAAGUAAAGGAGGGAAAAAUCUCGCCAAUUUCCCCCUGGUUAUCUAGGAUUUACAUUCUGCUUUUUUACUUCCACACAUUUCCUUGUUCUACUUCUCAUAGUUCCGUAUAUAGGAAAUUUUAUAUAUAUUUUUUCUCUCUAGUUUCUUGUAUGUCUUCCAGCGUUCCAGCCAAAAAGAUGAGAGAGUUUAUGCCUUCUACUGCUGUCUAAUAUUAUGCCUGAUAUGAUGUGAACAGUGAUCUGGAAUUUAGUCUAAAGCCAUUUUCUCACAGGAAACAUAUCCAGCCUUUGAAGCUGACGGGGUCGUGGAAAGUUUUUGAGGUGAAUGCUACUCCAGUAUUUGGAGAUGAGAUGGUAAGUGGGGACAGCAUCAGUGCCCCAUACGUGUACUUUUGUACAGAAACCUUGAAAAAGAGGAGCUUGCCUGAAAAUCCAAUCUACUUUGGGGAGGAGGAGAUAAUAGACAUGUAGGAUGUGACUCUCCUUUGGCUGCCAGAUGGUGCCUCAGGAUAUGUUGAUGUUGGCAAGGAUGGCAUCCUUUGCAUUGGAGUUGGAUGGUACUCGGACGAGGGAACCAAACUUGUUAUGGAAAGGGAUUAUGGAUUGGAUGGGAUGCUCAAGGAAGUUCGGUUGAAAUCUGAGGUAAAAAGGUGGUGGUCUGAUCCACACCUUGUGUAAAAUUUCACUUGUUAUUUUGUUGGUCUGUUAAAUAUGAAAGGCUUCAUUUGUGUACUCGUUGGCCGAAGAAGCAUUGCAUGCAACAUUCAAGAUCUAAUCCACACAUGAUUGAGAGAUAUUCCAAUAGGGUCUGAGAAGUGUACAGUUUAUCAUUUUUAGCAAGCAAAUCCUCUCAUCUACCUGGAAUACUAGUUUGUACAAUUCAAGGUUACUGCAGUUUGUUCGAUAUUCAUUAGAGCUUCUUGAAAGAGUAGCAUUCAAAAAAAUCCAUUAGAAGAAA